AAAAUCAUCCAACCAUGUUCUUGAUUCAAAUUCUAUGUCAGCAGAUCUUACGUGUUAUUGUCACUUGAGCGAAGUCUAUUUAUUUUGUAACUAACUGUCGCGAAUUUUAAGUUAAUGCUGUCGAACGAAGUUCAGUUGCAGGAAAAAGACUAUCUCUGCCGAUUAACAAAGCUAUUGCAGCGAUAUAUUUCACAGUCGAUUAAACCUUAAGCGUUAUAUUUACUGUCAAAUUCAUCUGGUGUAAAUUCGAGAGAUCAGAAAUGCAAAUAUUCCGUAAUUUGCAGAUUUGACAUUUAAGUUAAUUGUUUUAACUAUUUGAGCUUUUCGUUGGCAAAUAAAAAACAAAGCUUUUCAGUUUCAAGAGCAAACGAAUAAUGAUAAAAUGUCUACCCGCGAAAUAUUUCCAAAUUGUUGGUCAAGAUUAAGCAAUAUCUUGUAUAAAUUUCGCACGGGAUAAAGACAGAUGCGAAGAAUAACAGUUCUCUUGUUAUUCUUAACAACUUGGAAAAACACAGUAUAUCUAAAUGAAAUGUUUAACGCUUGAAUCUUCUCGCCUCAAUAUGCUAAAGUAACGUGUAAGGUGAUUCAAAAUUGGCUGCGGACGCUAAAUUGAAAAAUUUGUCCGAUAAAACAAGUAGUUUGGGAGGCAUAAUAGCUUAACAAAAAAUAACCGAUUAUCUCCAUUAAUUUGUCUCUCUUACAGGUCGACUGCGCGCAGAUAAGGUUUUUACGUCGGUCCUCUUGCAAAAUAGAUAGAUGAUGACCACUAUGCCUAUUCAGUGAUGCAGAUGACUGAGAUUUCUCGCCGCGUUUCCUAAAAGAUUCUUCAUGAAUACAACAAUAGGAUCAAGACUUAAGAUGUCACAAAUUGGCGACAAUGAAAUGGACACACGAAUUGAGGAAUCGUCAGAAAUUUCUAGAAAUGAAAGCAGUGCCGAUGCUCAGAUAUAUUCAUCAAGGCCUGAACCUGAAAAAGAGGAAAAAAUCAAGGAUAACAAAGAAAUUCAGGAUAAAAGUGACAGUAACCCUUCGGAAGAAACUACCGCUGCCACUGAACAAGGUGUGGAGGAUACUUCGACUAAGGAAACUACCGAUGAAAACAAACAGAGUUCCUUCCUUGAUAAAUACCUGAGCGACAGUGAAACUGAAGAUGACGUGGCGGAAAAUAAAGAAGAGAAAGAAAAACCAGAAGAAAGAAAACCAGAGAAAAAGAAGGUGAAAAAGAAGACAAAGACGCCCAAAAGCGAGAAGCAGUUUACUCCCCGAAAACCUUCCAUGAGAUGGAAAAAUUUGAGGCUUGUUGUCGGUGAUGACAGUGAUGACGAGGUGAAAGAAGUCAACAAACCACAACCUAAAACAAAACAAAACCGCAAAGAAAGCCGUAGCAACAAGCAAAACUUGCAAAGCCGGCGAUCCACGGUGUUACGAAUUCCAUCAGAGCCGGCGGAAAGUUCAACUGAGAGUGAAGAAGAAGAUGACCGGGUGCUAGAUGGGAAAGUGGGAGUUGCUGACCUUCCCUCAGAAUAUUGGCAAAUACAAAGACUUAUCAGGUUUCUAAAGAAUGGUAACCAGGUCGCCACGGUCAUCACAUUUUGUGCUCUGACAGACUUCAACUUAACUCAAGAACUGACCCAGAUGGCCAUUCGCGAUGUGAACGGGUUAACAGUUCUUGUUAAUAUUCUCAGAACGGACCACGUAAAUUGUCAGAUCGGUGCCUUGAAAGUUCUCCAACAGUUGACUAUAAGUAGCAUCUACAACAGGCGAGCUGUUAUUAAAAUGGGAGGCGUCCAGAUCCUGGUGGAUCUCAUAACUGAUGCGCCAAAGGAGGUGCAAAGUUUAGCUGCAGCCAACCUGGCCAACUUGGCAAAAUCCAGUGUGGGAAGAAAUAUUCUCAAAAAAUACGGUGGUUUACAAAAACUGGUUGGUCUGCUGAACUACGACGGAGGUCAAUUUACUGGGAGGAGACUUUCUGGUAACGGGUCUCCAGGCCAGCCCAGGUCGGACCUUGAAGUUGCACGUAAUGCUGCCCUUGCACUUUGGAGUUGCAGCAAGAGCACGCGCAGUAGAUCAGCAAUUUUCAAUGCCGGAAGCGUACCGCUGUUAGCCAAACUCGUUACCAUGGACAAAGACGAGUUUCUUGUUCCUAUCGUGGGACUUGUUCAAGAAUGUGCAGUAGUGGUAAUUUUCAUAACGUCACAGUAAAACUAGUUAAUAUACACACUGCGGACCCACUAAAUAUGUUUUACUUCAUUUUUUCUAUUUACGCGAACUUUCACAAUACAAUUAGUUAGAAGUCAAACCUAAGUUGCGAGAUAACAUCCAUAAGGAGUCCAUAUGGAGUGAGGCAAACGCAAUUUACCAUGUGGUGGUUACAACUCAUCAAAACAAUA